GACAGAGCCCUCCUCUCCCUCCCAGGCACUGCAAGCACGGGCAUCGCCAGCAGCAACGGAGGCCGCAGAGAUGAGCGGCGGCACCUGCGAGAUGGAGGUUGGUCCUGAACAACAGGACAUGGUCCCAAACAAGAAGAAUGUUAUCUUAGUAGACGGCGUCAUACUCAAUGGUCCCACAACAGAUCCAAAAGCAGGAGAAAAAUUUGUGGAAGAGGCCUGUCGGUUAAUCAUGCAAGAAGUGAUCCUGAAAGCUCCCGAUGUCACAGAGAAGGUUUGUGAAUGGCAGCCUCCGGAGCAGCUGAAGCAACUGCUUGAUCUAGAGAUGAGGGACACUGGGGAACCACAUCAGAGACUCUUGAAACUUUGCCAGGAUGUCAUCCGAUACAGCGUCAAAACCAAUCACCCAAGAUUCUUCAAUCAGCUGUACGCUGGCAUCGAUUACUAUUCCCUGGUUGCACGGUUCAUCACAGAGGCUUUGAACCCAAGUGUUUAUACCUAUGAGGUGUCCCCAGUGUUUCUGUUAGUGGAAGAAGCGGUUCUGAAGAAGAUGAUUGAAUUCAUUGGCUGGAAAGAAGGGGAUGGCAUAUUUAACCCAGGUGGUUCUGUUUCCAAUAUGUAUGCCAUGAAUUUGGCUCGAUACAAAUACUGUCCUGAGAUUAAGGAGAAGGGACUUUCCGGGUUGCCCAGACUGGUUCUUUUCACAUCAGCUGAGAGCCAUUAUUCCAUGAAGAAGGCAGCAUCUUUCCUUGGGAUUGGUACCCAGAAUAUUUACUUUGUGGAGACUGACUCAAGAGGUAAGAUGAUACCCGAGGAACUAGAGAAACAAGUCCAGCGAGCCAGGAAAGAGGGGGCCGCCCCAUUUCUUGUCAGCGCCACAUCUGGGACAACUGUAUUGGGGGCAUUUGAUCCUCUGGAUGAAAUAGCAGAUAUCUGUGCCAGAUACGGCCUUUGGUUUCACGUGGAUGCAUCUUGGGGUGGCUCAGCUUUGAUGUCAAGGAAGCAUCGCAAGCUUCUGCAUGGCAUCCACAGGGCUGAUUCAGUAGCCUGGAACCCACAUAAGAUGCUUAUGGCUGGGAUCCAGUGUUGUGCACUUCUUGUGAAAGACAGCUCGGACCUUCUUAAAAGAUGCUACUCUGCAAAGGCGUCUUACCUGUUCCAACAAGAUAAGUUCUAUGAUGUCAGCUAUGACACAGGAGACAAGUCGAUCCAGUGCAGCCGUCGGCCAGAUGCGUUCAAGUUCUGGAUGACCUGGAAGGCCUUGGGGACGCUGGGCCUGGAAGAAAGAGUGAACCGGGCUCUUGCUUUAGCUAGGUACCUCGUGGAGGAAAUUAAGAAAAGAGCAGGAUUCCGACUGCUUUUAGAGCCCGAGUUUGCUAACGUUUGCUUUUGGUACAUUCCACCAAGUUUAAGGACGAUGGGGGAAGGACCUGAGUUCUGGGCAAAGCUGAACCUGGUUGCCCCCAGAAUUAAAGAGAGGAUGAUGAAGAAAGGUAGCAUGAUGCUGGGCUACCAGCCACAUCAAGGCAAAGUCAACUUUUUCCGCCAGGUGGUGAUCAGCCCCCAAGUGAGCCGUGAGGACAUGGACUUCCUCCUUGAUGAGAUUGACCUCCUGGGCAGAGACAUGUAGCCAUUGCUCAGGAAGGCCCCAGAGCAUGUAUCUCACUGAGCAGAAGUUUCCCAAUCAAGAACAUCUGGGGCCUUGUUAUAGAUAUGCUGUUCUUCAGAUGCUCAUUAGGAAAUGCUACCAUCACUUUAAAAUCAAAUUGCUUAGUGUACAUCUUAAAAGUGCCUCAAAACCCUCCAAAGUCUGGGAAAACCAGGGCAGCAGAGUCAUGAAAAGAUCAUCGCUGCUGCUGUUCGAGUUCGGACACCUUCUUUAGGACAGUUGUCUGGGAGGAGUUCUCUUGGAGGGUGGAGUAGAGCAAGGGUCCUGGGUCUUAAGCAACCAUUCCCUCUGUAAAGGAUUCGUAGGAUUUCUAAUCAUAGGAAUUAUGAUUCUUAUGCAUCAUAAUAACAAUCAUAAAAGAUUCACAUGAACAGUUCAGAGGAGCUUUGGAAUGGACGAGAGGUGAAUCGGGCAAUGUCCAGCUAGGAGUUUGACCUUGCUCCUGUCCCCCAGAAGUUAGGCUCUGAAUAGAUAGCUCUCACCUAGCUCUUUGAUGUCCCUAGAAACAUAUUAAUGCUAUUUUUUAAAAGAGGAAUGAAGAAAGAUGUUUAUAUGAAAGAGAGAUCUUUUUAUGUGGGAUGAUUGUGACAAAUGUUCAGAAUUCAACAUGGCACUGAACAGUUCUAGUCUACCUGUGGAUGUUUCUUAAAAUUCCCAAAUUACUUAGUAGGGCAUAGAUUUUUUAUGGGUUUUGUUUUCCUUUUUCCAUCAAAAAGUAACAGCCCCAAGAAUGUUCUUUCAUCCUAAUUUUCUGGACCACAUUCUUGUCUUGCUCUGAGGCCUAUUGUUUUGUUUUGGCUUAACCCCCAGGUAUGGAUUUGCUUCCACACAAUGACACAGGAACUGAUUGGGCAAUGUUUAUCUUCCCUCCCUUCUGAGGGUGAGGCCACUUAACAGAUAAUACUGAUAGCUCACAUUUAUACAAUGUUCUAAGGCUUAUGAAGCAAUACAAAUAUUAUUGUCUUCAUUUUAUAGAUGGAGAAACAGAGGUUCAGAUGGGGAAGUCACCAUUAGUAAAUUUCACAGCUGGGGUUUUAACCCAGAUCUUUUGAUUUCAAUGCCAGCAGUCUUUCCACACUGACUCACUUGAUAUAGGAAGGAAAGAGUACAAGCAGUCUAGGCCUUGGUCACAAAAUUAAAUAAGGAUUAUCAGCUAUACUGAAGCAACUAAAAUGAAGGUAAUAAUAGACUUUCAUUAAUCCCUAAGACUGUUCCUUAUCAUGUACUUACAAGGGUUGGUUUUGUUUCUACCAUUUACUGAUAACUCAGCUAUACUAGAGUUUCAUCCAUCCUUUUGACAAGGAUUUAUUAAGUGCCUACUAUAUGCUAGGCACUUUGCUAAGUGUUGGGAACAAAAAUAUAAAAAAAGAAUUAUUACUAGCUGUGUGACCUUGGGCAAGUCACUUAACCCUCAUUGCCCACCCAAAAAAAAGUCUUCGACCUCAAAGUGCUUUUAUUCUAUUGAAACAUGGCCCUCUUGGAUGAGACUAAUAUUUUAGCAAAUUAUCCUGUAACCUACAAAAGUCCCUUUGUUUGGGAGGGGGGUUCUAUGAAUUAUCUUCCAGUUAAUUCUUUCUCUUGUUUUUGUGGGUUGGUUUGUUUUAAAAUAAUCAUUGUGUGUUUUUGUGAAGACUGAAGAGCAAAUUAAAGGAUGUGGUCAUGUAUUAUUUAUUGAUCAUUUUCGUAGGCUGUGAUUAACCGUAAAGCUGAAGUUUUCUUGUUUGCACCAAGUUUGUUCAUGGAGGUAGCAAUGACCAAUGCAUUCUUUUCCCUUUCACAUCUUGAGUACUGAAAAUUGUCUCUAAAUGAAGUGCUUUAAUGCCUUCAAUUGACAUGUCCAGUGUUGUGCAACAUUCCCAUUUAUGAGCUCCAAAAUGCCCAUAAUUUGUUGUGGUCAGAAGAUAAUGGAUAAAAACAAAAAUAGGAGCUCUUCACCAACAUCCUAAAAUACCUUCACAGUCGUUCCUGGGAGUGGAUUAUCUUGAUCCCAUCUAUGAACCUAAUUCUACCUUUCUGUAAGAGUUCUACUUGAUAAAGGACUGGGCAGAAUUAGACCCUUUAGAUACAUAGUUUGUCAUAGUAAGCCCUGUAUAGAGCUAUCUUCUAGGUAUACUGGCUAUAUGGGAAUUGUAUUUCUAUUUUUCAUAGAUCUGGGCUACAGCUGCACCAAAGGCUUAAGGACUGAAAGAUGUAAAAGUAUUAGAGUUUUCCUUAAUCUGUUUCUUUUCCUUAAGACAAAAAUUAUGCAAGCAUACUUUACCUAACACUAAUCGACUCUAUAGAAAACACAACAUUAGAUGUAACGAUUACUUGGGGGUGUUGAGUUACUUAGGAACUAGGUUAUCAAUGGGUGAUUGGCCAGACAAAUUGACAGAUAGGGUUUGUGGCUUUAUAGUGGGGUUUAGUUAAAAAUGUAUUCAUAAUGUUAUUGAGAAAUGUUGAUAGGACAGCCUUAUCCAAAGCAGUGUCUGGGCUGUCAUUGUAGACUAACUGGUAUCAAGAAUUUCUCUUUUUAUGUUUAACGCUAAUAUGUUUUCAUUUUAGCAUCUUGUUCCUGUCUUGUGUUUCCAUUAUGUCAGAAUGGUUAAGAUACAUUUACCAACAUGCCUCUAAAUUUUGAUAGAUGCUUACUAGCUAUGUAGUGAUGACCCCGCUUGUUUUUGUCAUUGUAGACAACGACAAAAACAAGAGUUUUUUUUUAAGUCUGCACGUAAUAUUCAUGAAAUCUACAUUUUCAUCCUCGUGAUGCAAAAAUGAACAUUUGAGCAUAAAUUUCUCAUUUGACUUGAUCUUUUUCUGUCAUCCUCUGUUUACUAAUUACAUCAUUCAUAAACUAUUAUUUCCCUCCUGGACUAGGCUGCCAUUUUAGCAGUGGAGACAAGAGACUGCUUAU